CCCAACUCGGAUCCACGACACAAUGGGUCGCACGAACAAAAAGGCGGCGCGAAAGCCUGCCAAGAAGGAGAAGGCUACGUCGGCGACGGCGACCGACGUCCCCUCUCUUUUGGACAAGGCCAACGUGCUCUUGGCUCAGUCCAACUUCGAACUGGCGAUCAAGUUCCUUGAGCGCGCUCUCGAGCUCGAGCCCGCGAACCCAGAGGCGCGCGAGCUCGCUGGUGUCGCGGAACUGGAGGGCGGCGACGUGGACCGCGGCCGUGAACAUCUCCUCCGCCUCUUCCCGCCGCACGCACCCGCCAACCCCGAUACCCCCAGCCCUUACCUUUACCUUGCCCAGACAGCCGAGGGGCCGGAGGAGGCAUUGGGAUACUACUCUACUGCAACGGCGAUGAUUGAGAACCUCCUCAAAGGCAAAGGACGGGCGGGCGAGAUCGACGAGACCGAGCUCCGCAAGAUGGCCAUCACGGCGAUUGUCGCUAUGAUCGAAAUUUGGAUGAGCGACUUGUGUUUUGAGGACGCCGCUUCGAGCAACUGCGACGGGUUGAUCGCGCGCGCACUCUCAAUCUCGCCCAACGACCCAGAGGCGCUUAUGACCCUCGCAUCGAUCCGGAUGAGCCAGAGCAAGUUCGUUGAGGCCAAGGAAGUGGUCCUCAGGCUUUAUCGGGACAUGGAGGGGCGGGAUCCUUUCGACCCAAUGCUCCCACCCCUGCCGGUGCGGUUGCAGUUCACCCGCCUCCUGCUGGAGCACGGGCUGCACAUGGAGGCGUUGGACGUCAUCACAACGGGUCGCGAGGAGGAUUCGCUCGAGGUUGAGAGCGCGUACCUGGAAGGUUGGACGUGGCAUCUGCGCGCCGACGCGCUCGAGGAGGCCCCGCCGCAGAACUGGGCGGACAUGGACGACGACGAGGAGCCGAUGAACGCGGAUGAGUGCUACGCCGAGUCACUCCGCGCGCUCCUCGAGGCUGCAAAGCUCUUCACCGAGCAGGAAUACCCCGACGAGGGCAUCGGCUCGCAUCUCCAAGAGCUCAUCCAGGGGCUGCAAAAGCGUGGGGUCAAGCCAGCCGUGCACGCUGUAGAGGAUGAGGAGGAGGAGGACGGCGAUGUGGACAUGGCCUAGAUCCAUACGCGGUGACCGGAUAUAUUGAGUAAUGCUUCAUAUGCAGCUAGUGUACAACAA